UGUGGCAGGUUAGGCCAGUAUCGACCAUGGUAUGUCUGUUUGGAUCGGGAUGACGAGCGAUAAGUUGACAACACAAUAGAAAAGACAUUGGUUGGUACAGAGGGGUGAUAAGAUGGGUGACUGGAGACCAUUUGUAUACGGAGGGCUGGCAUCCAUAACUGCAGAGAUAGGUACCUUUCCUAUUGACACAACAAAGACAAGGCUACAGAUUCAGGGGCAGAUAAUUGACGCUCGGUUGUCCGAGCUUCGAUACAGAGGGAUGACUCAUGCCAUGUUGAGAAUAUUUCGAGAGGAGGGGCUUUCUGCACUCUACUCAGGAAUAUCCCCAGCCAUUCUUAGACAAGCUACCUAUGGAACAAUCAAAAUUGGAAUUUACCAUUCACUUAAAUCCAUGUUAGUUGAUAAUCCACAAGAGUCAACGUUAUUUAUCAAUGUUUGCUGUGGAAUAGUAGCAGGAAUUGUGUCAAGUGCAAUAGCCAACCCCACUGAUGUUCUAAAGGUUCGCUUACAAGCUAAGACAGAUAUAAAUGACAAAGAAUCCAUGUUGCAAGCCUUUGGAAGGAUAUAUAAAGAAGAAGGCAUAAAAGGUCUUUGGAGGGGUGUGAUACCCACUGCGCAGCGAGCAGCAAUCAUUGCUGGUGUGGAGCUUCCUGUGUACGACUUCUCUAAAUACUGGAUACUUAGAUCGGGAUAUUUUGAAGAUAAUGUUGGUGUACAUUUUAUAUCAAGCUUUUUUGCAGGAUUAGCCGGUGCUAUAUUUUCCACUCCAGUUGAUGUUAUCAAGACAAGAAUGAUGAACCAAAAAAACCUAAAGGAAAAGACUUUGUCUUCAAAGAUUUACUCCUCUUCCAUUGAUUGUGCUAUACAGACAACAAAAACAGAAGGAUUUAUGGCUCUGUAUAAAGGUUUCGUCCCUAUUUGGGUCAGGCUGGGUCCAUGGAAUAUUAUUUUUUUCAUGACUUAUGAACAGCUGAAGAAAGUUAAAUGAGUUGUCAAGAGGCAUAUUUGGUAAAAUUUAGAGUUAUAGAAAAUUACUUAUUUGUGGGAAGUUCAUAGGAUUUUUU